CUCCACCGGGCCCCGCUCGGCUCCCACUGACCCCUCCACCGAGACGACGUCGACCCCGCUCGGCUCCCACUGACGCUGAGGAUGUUCUCCCUGUCCGUGAUGGUGGGGCUGGUCCCGCUCGUGUCUCUCGUCGGGUUGUUCUACUCCGCCGCCGUGGACGACGACUUCCCCCGAGGCUGCACCAGCAGCGGCAGCCUGUGCUUCUACAGCCUGCUGCUGCCGGUCACCAUCCCCGUCUACGUCUUCUUCCACCUCUGGAGCUGGAUCGGGCUCAAGCUCUUCAGACACAACUAGGCGCUCCUGUCGAAGGAGACGCGUCUUUGCAGUCGGGACCUCGGCUGUCUCUUUGCGACAGACCCGCGGGACACUGCGCGGCCACGGUGGACUUUAUUAGACAAGGUGGCGCUCCACACACACGGGGGCCAAACGUUAUCCACAUGUUGAUCUCAAGAUAUUAGAAAUAUUGCAGCACGUAAGGCAGAAUUAAUGAAAAGCAACGGCAAAAUGUGGAGGGCUUUAAAAAGCAGACGGUUCAUGUGUUCGUCACCAGAAGAAAAUAAGUUCCCGUUGCCAUGUUGCAGUAAACGCUGAGCACUUGGCACAGUGUGAGGUGGACGGUUGACCUAUUGGUGGAUGACGUGUGUGUUGCUACGGAGACGACGUGAAUAAAGACAUACACAACGUAA